CCAAGUUACAUCUGAUCUAGAACUGCUGUUGAUCACUGCUCUAAAACAGAUCCUUCCACUCUCUAUUAAAAUUAGACUCACAGUCGGGGAUUAUGUUGUUGUCAAGAUAAAUCUUGAAAAAUAAAAAAAAACGAACUCGUCAAGAAGACUCGUUAUAUUGGCACUAGUCCAACCCACGCUCUUUGUGCGCCGUACUGUCUUCGAGCAAGGCAGUCGGCUCAACUCGGUACCUACUGUACCUACCUAAAACUGAUCUUGAAUCAGAAAUCACAUACACCCCCCCUAUAUUACACAUCAUUCCUCGGGCCUCCAUCAUCACCAUGCCGUCCCGAUCCUUCAAGACGCUAGCGGCUGCGCUGCUUUCGUCCAGCGUCAUAUAUCCCGUCGUGGCCCAGCUCGCCACGCAGUGCAACCCGCUCAACACGACCUGCCCGCCAGACCCGGCGCUGUCCACGUCGCAUACAUUCUACUUCAACGCCACGCCGCCCGCGGGCACAUUCAACACGACCGCCGGCACCGUCGACUACUCGUUCGACAAGGGCGCGGCGUUCACGAUCGACAAGAAGGGCGUGUCGCCGACGCUGAUCUCGAACUUCUACUUCUUCUUCGGCCGGACCGAGGUGCACCUGAAAGCCGCCCCGGGCACCGGCGUGAUCAGCUCGAUCGUCUGGUCCUCCGACGUCCUCGACGAGGUCGACUGGGAGUUCAAGGGCGGCAACACCACGCACACCUUCACCAACUACUUCGGCAAGGGGGAGCCCGACUUCAGGAACGCGGGCGACCACGCGGUCAACGGCGGCGUGCAGGCCGACUACCACAACUACACGUCGACGUGGACAAAGGAGAAGCUCGAGUGGUACCUCGACGGCGAGCUCAUCCGCACCCUGCUGCCCCAGGACGCCAACAACACGCACUUCUACCCGCAGACCCCCAUGAAGCUCAGCCUCGGCAUCUGGGCCGGCGGCGACCCGGACAUGCCCAAGGGCACCAUCGAGUGGGCCGGCGGCCAGACCGACUACGCCGAGCCGUACACCAUGUACGUCAAGAGCGCCGCCGUCGAGGACUACUCCACCGGCACCGAGUACUCGUACAGCGACCACUCCGGUUCGUGGGAGAGCAUCAAGAUCGCUACCGGCGGCAACUCCACCGCCUUCCAAAACAUCAACAAAGAGCCGGAGAAAUCGCUCUCGCAGAAGUGGGCCGAGCUCCCCUCGUCGACCAAGUCAGGCGUGUACGCCGGCGCCGGCGGCGUCGGCGCGAUCCUGUUCGCCGCGCUGGCCUGGUACUACAUGCGGCAGCGGCGCAGCGGGCAGCGGGAGGCGGCCGCGCUGGCCGCGCGCCAGGAGCAGGAGCGCAUGGAGAUGGAGGGGUUCAAGCGCGCCGGCGGCGACCCGGACGCGCUGCGCUUCGACGGCACGGAGUACAAGGGGGGCAGCGCGGGGGCGUACGCCGGGGGUUACGGCGGCGCGGAGAGGGGGGACUCGCCGCCGGGGAGCUCGAUGGGCGCGCAGCCGGAGAAGGGCUGGGAUCCGACGGGGUCCGGCAAUCAGGGGCCGGGGGCGAGCAUGCCGCUUUUGAGAGACGAUCCGAAUACGAGCGCGAUGUCCGGGGCGAGGCGGUAGUUGAGGAGUAGGUGUGGUGUGGUGUGGUGUGGUGUGGUGUGGUGGUAGGCUUGCGAUGGAUUAUGGAAAUGAAGGGUUAGCUUUUUUCGAUCUUCACCGACCCCUGCCCCCCUUUUUUCCCUCAG